AUGCCUACCUACUUUGCGCGUGGCAUAACGGCGCGUCUAGCCGCAAUGCCAUUAGAAGACACCACUACGAGCAACAUCAUAUUAAGGAAAGGUGAAGCAGCUAGGCAGCAGGCCGAGGCGUCAAAAGCAAAGUUCCUACAAAGCAAACUGCUCGCCGAAAAGCCGGUGCCAUUUCCAGGCGACGAGAACAAGUUGCAGCUCAAUUGGCUGGGAGGUGCACCUUUCAUGCAAGUUCGUGCCGGCAAAGACCUCUUUGCCAAAGGCAGUGACGCAACAACCGAAACCACACAGCCCAUCGACCUCAUGCCUUUAGCACUGAUACUCCAUCUGCAUCUCUCUGACAAGUCGUUCGUAUCUGGACUGCAGGACCAAAAGACGUCCCUCAAGAUCGAUGUCUUUUUCAACGGACAGCUCUCUGGAUGCCGAUUCAUACCCGUCCACGAUCUGAGAUCUGGAGUUCAGGGUCUCCACCAAACGUUUUCCGGUACCAGGAUCGACUUCCUUGCUGAGCGACCGUGGAUUUUUGUUCCACCCGAGUCGACCGCAGUCGGGACUGUGAGGAAGAAUGACGACAGUGACAACACUUCGACGGAAGAACGCUGGCGGCAACUAUGUCAGGCAUUACAGAACGAGGCAUGCGAGCGAGGCACGAAUGAGGCGGGAGAAAUCCCCCCUACAGCACAUUUCUUGAGCGCCCUCGCCACCAUGCACCCGCCAGACCAAGUGUAUGAAAUGCAACAGCUAGGUAAAAAGAAGUUCGGUACCAUCGACAUCAUCGUCACUGCUGGAGAGGGUAGGAAGAUUACCGAUGGCGUAGGCUACCUGAAGGCACCGCAGCGCAUGGUGGACACAAACUAUCCAUUCGAACCAACAAGUGAUAGUGGCGCGGAAUCUCAACAUAAGCCCGAGUCUGUGCCGAAAGUCGUCCAUUUACAUGUCGAUGAGCAUGUCGUUGAGUUGUCAGAAGAGCUCCGCUCAAAGGCGAAGGGCCCCAUGCCUUCAGUGUCUCCGCACGCUCAUGGUGACUUGCAGAGAAUGUCUACCCGGGCGACUAACGGAGCACAAGAGCUAUCUUCCCCUGGAAUUGGAAAGGUUUACAAACAAGUUCCAGAUGAACAAGAUGCAUACAGAGAUCGAAGGCAUAGAGUUCAAUGGCCUGGUGUGAACCCGACUAGUUUGAUUCAAGAUCGUCCUUUCAAUACUUUUGCACCACAGCUCCACCUAUCGCCUCACAGUAUGCAGCCAUCAGAUGCAGCCGUAGAAGGCGCAAUGUCUAGCGGUAUGAAAAGCCAUAUGACCCCACCAUUCAAUGUUGGACUAUCUAGUCCCCUCGAGCACUUUCCACUAAGCUCCCAUAAUUUAGAUCGACGUACUCACACCCCGUUGUCGACUGUAAGUACGGGAGCCAACCAGGUACUGUUCAGUUCCAGUCCGUACACAGUGCCAUACUUCUUGCCAAAGCGACCAACUGCACAUUCGCUCAACGCCGACUUCCCGGCUCUGAGCUACUCUGUACCCCCCAUGAUGCCCGGAUAUCGCGAUCCAGAUGGCAUCGAAGUCAGUGCCACAAAUCCGCGUUCCUGGAACCAUUCGCAACCUUCCAUGAUGCAAGAUCCCAGAGUCCCGCUUGCACCUCCCUCACUGUUCCAUCGCCGACCUUCGGGGGCAUUGCCACCUGUAGGCUUAUAUUCCGUACCCACAAAACCGAAACGCAGUCUGUCUCCUCAGAAGAAGAGUGAUUCGAAACGGACAAAGAAUGUGGGCUCACAAAUUUCUAUCAGUCGACUGGAAGUCAAGGGACGGAACGGGACAGUUUUGAUCGAUCGUCGUUGGACUCCGGCAAAGAUUCUCAGUACAACGUCGAGUGGACCUCACAACCAUGACGAUAGAACUUCAACAACUGUAACCACUGGCAAGAACUCAGGGCUGACUGAGCACGAUCCUAGGCCUAUGGAAUGCAGCAGGUCGACAGAGAAACCAGUAUAUUUAGAUUGUCCGGCCCCAACGCUGGGUGGAUGUAAUGCUGUCCCCCCCUCAACCAUUACUGAAGUCAAAGAGAAACAUAGAUCACUCAGAGCGGGGAAUUCAUCAAAGCCAUUUGCGGUGACUUCAACGCCAACGGAAGCAGAUACAGAUUCGACAGAAAAAGCAGGCAGCUCUGAAGCAGACGUUGCAGAGUCUGGUAGCCUAUUGACUACACACCCUACCGAGUGCGUUGAAGGAACUUCUGAAACUUGUCCUGCAUCAGAAACCCGCAUAAUGGGUGUACAGGGACCCAAAGCAAAUCCAUUUUGGUUGGAAGACCCUGAGAUAAUGCUAAGAGAGGCCUCGGCUCAACGACGAGCUCGACAACAGACCAGGCAAAGCAACGUUCAACCUGCAGCACCGACACCCAUGCCCAUAGGUUCAGUCAAGCCUGACUCAGCGAUGUCGGGAUCUGUCAAUACAUCCCCCCUUUCUAGUCUGCACACCACGCCCGAUAUCGACAUGCAAACCAAAGCACAUACCGAUCCGACCAAAAAAGCUCCUUCGCGUUCGACCAACCCUUUGCCCGAGAAGCAAUGCGACCGACAACGAGAGCUCAGGCCCACACGCUCUCAUACCAUGCAAGACCCAUCUACCGCAAAACUCAACACCACGUCCCAAUCUCGCGUUGGAAACCCCGCCCAAACUCCAGCGAAGUCCGCAUCGAACAGAAAACCCCAGCCCAACAUCACUAAGCAACCUCGCAGCCCCAAGCGCCUCCAAACAAACGACAAUCCAGCUGUCAACCAAGACUGCGUCAUCGCAUUUGCGGAGAGUAAGGUCAAGACUAGCACACAAGGAGUGUUGCGACAGAUCAAAGGGGAGAGGUCGGGGGUCUUUACAGAAGAAUACGUUGUCUCUGCGAUGCGGUUCUUUGUAGAAGCUUGA